AUGGGGUCCGCGCGACUGGAUGGAGAUGCUUUCGGUCGGCGCUCAUUGGAAUAUGACUACCUGCAACUGCGAGAUGAGAACGUUCACCUCAAGAAGCAUGCCCGAGAGCAGGAGGAAAAGGCAAAAAAGUUGGCUACUCGGCUGUCAAGAGUUAUUAACGAAAAGAUCAAGCAGGGUGCCACAGCAAGUGAGCUGGGGCCCCGACGUCAGAUGGUAGAAAUGGAGCAGAAAGUUGAAGACUUGGACAACAAAGUUAGGGUUCUUGAGAAACAAAACAUGCAACUAAAGGGCAAGCUCCAAGUCAGCAGGCAGCUUAUUUCUACAGCUACCCAAUUUCAAAGCACUUAUUCUAAGGUGCAGCCUCGGGUAAACUCUGGUUUACGCCGUCCCAUUCAGAAGCCUCGUCUAUUUGGAAAUGAAUCUUCAUUUACAGCUGCAUCUUUGCCGAAGAAAAUGGGAGCUUCUGAUUUAGUCCAUGCGCCCCCAUAUGUUGUCAGCCUUGUCAGGGAAGCAAAAGAAGAAAUUGAGAAACUUGAAGCAGUUGUGGAAUCUCAGCGCUUACAGUUGGCUGAAGUGGCUGAGCAGGCACGCUUUAGGGAAGUGGAACUUCAGACAGAAUUAUCUGAGAUGAAGGAGCAGGGCGAUUGCCCUCUGGCUAUGUGCUUUCAUGGCAGACCCACGUGCAAUGAAAUCACCUUUUCAGUGUAUUACAUGGAGUCAAAUGUACAUGGUUGA